AUAGUGUCGCUUUCAAACUCUGAAAUUACGUUACAAAGCUGCGUUGUAACACUAUCAACGACUACUCCUUUUUUAUUAUUUUUCUUACGCUAUGUUAAUUUUAUAGAAAUAUCAUCAAAUCUCCAAUUCUUUAUUGACCAAAUAUGUAUGGAAGAAAGCCUAUUGCAAGAUUUGGUCGAAACACAAAUUUUAACGAAAUUCAUCGAAGAUGGGAAUCAAGUAUUCGGGACAUGCUCCACGGGUAUUAUAACUUUCACAUCAUACUUAUUGGGUCCGAUAAUAUUGGACUUAAUAAUACCUCUGAACGAAUCUCGAACUCGUCUACUCAAGUAUAUCACAGAAUUUUCUCAUGAUAGAACGGUCUAUCUUGAUAUCGUUACCUUUAACUUUGUGUUUGUUGCUACAGUCGGGUUAUUGUGUAUUAUCUGUACGGAAUCGUUGCUCACUAUCUUUGCUCACUAUUUAUCCGGAUUAUUCAAAAUUACUAGCUAUCGAUUACGAAAAGCAGUUAUCAAUCUAUCCAAAGUAAAUCCACUGUCGCAGCAAGUUGAAUUGAAUUCCUUGGAUUUUCGACAAGCCGUUGACAUUCACAACAGAGCGAUCGUGUUA